CCUAAUUUUUAAUUUAUCAACUCUAUGCAUGAUAGAUAAACAAUAACCUCCAAUUUUCUGCAAUACAUUAUUAAUUUAAAAAUGUCCAAAAUAUUUUCAAACAUUUCCAAUAUUAGCAAAGAGAUUAGGUCAAUUUUCGGAUUGAAUUCUAGUUUGCAAAAUGCAAAAACCAAACCUUGUUCAGCCCUCAGGAAUUGCUCAACAAGACCACCAAAACCACCUAAAAGCAAAUUUAAUGAAGGUAUCGGUCCGGUAUCUUGGAAAAAUCUCGGAAUUACUGCUGCGUUAGGUGGUGGGUUGUAUGCAUUUAUGCUUUAUUUGAAGAAUGAAAAAGACACUGUUCUUGCCAAAGAGAGACAGCGAAUGCUAGGAAAAGUAUCAAUAGGUGGAAAAUUUGAAUUGGUAGAUGUUGAUGGUAAAACUAGGACUAGUGAUGAUUUUUUGGGAAAAUGGUUGCUGAUUUAUUUUGGAUUCAGUCAUUGUCCAGAUAUAUGUCCAGAUGAAUUGGAAAAGAUGUCUGCAGUGGUUGAAGACAUGGAUAAAUCUCCAGAAUUUCCCCAAAUCCAGCCAUUAUUCAUUACUGUGGAUCCCUACAGAGAUACAGCAGAGGUUAUAAAGAAAUACUGUGCGGAAUUCAGUCCUAGAUUGUUGGGUCUUACAGGAACAGAAGAACAAAUAGCUCAGGCUUGUAAGGCCUACAGAGUAUAUUUCAGUGCAGGUCCUAAAGAUAAUGACAGUGAUUAUAUAGUUGAUCACACAAUCAUCAUGUAUUUAGUCAACCCAGAUGGUCAAUUUGUAGAUUACUAUGGACAAAAUAGAACUGCAGAUGAUAUCUCGAUCUCGAUAAAGUACAAUAUGACAAAAUACAAACAGCUGAAGAAAACUGGAUGGAUAUAAUUGUAUAUUAGCAUGAUUUGUGAUUUAAAACAACGUUUUCAAAAUAUCCUAUGUUUAUCGUUGAAAGUAUAGUCCUAAAAUAAAUGAUAAUUAUAUG